CCUCAGUUUAAACUAGGUUAUCAUUUGUAAACACUUGAUGGGUGAUCAGACACUUCUUUUGGUCUCAGUCUUAAAUGAACUCCAACAACAUGGAUCACAGAAAGACGGUGGAUGUGCCUCAGCUCAGCAAUGAAAUGCAACUGAACCUCAUGAACAUGGUGAAAUCAGGGCAGAUGAGUGUUGAUGAAGCUUUAAUUCAGGCUAGAAGUGGAAAACUGAAGGAGCUGCAAAAGAAUUUUGUCCUUGAGGAACAACAGUCACAAUACAACUUCAGUGUCCGUAAGUUCAACCGCUACAUAUGGCAGAAACGGGUGCUACAGAUUGAUUUCAGCACAAAUCUAUUGUGCAGCAUCGAGAAAGGCAUUGUAAAAAAGCAGCUCCUCUUCUCUGAUGUGAAAAACUGCCAUGAUACUGCCGGCACCAGAUUCACAAUUUCAUUCAGAGGUCGACCUGACUAUGAGCUGGAAGCAGCAUCUUUAGAAGACAAACAGAAGAUCAUGCAGCUUGUAAACCAGAUAAUCUACAGAAACAUAUACAGCCCUGCUGUGGACAGAUCUAUGGAAAUGGAAAACCCACAUUUAGCUCUAGAGAGCAUCAAAGAGGGCCGCCUUCUACUCCAAAGAGGAGGACUGGCAUCAUUUAAAUGGAAAAAAUAUGAAGCUCAUCUUCAAACCGGUCAGCUGACCCUGUUGCCUGUUGUUCAGCAGCCAACUGCUGCUGAUACAGAUGUGUGCGGUUCCUCAAGCGCAUCUGUCUCGCAACUGUCAGACAUUUACACCAAUGUGCCUGAUAACAGUUGUGCUGGAGGGGAUGGGACAGCUGUUAUCAUCCAUCUCUCAGACGGUCAUGUCAGGGUGGAGACCACAUGCACCGAUACUUUCACGCUGCUCAAUGACAAGAAUGAGUUCCUGUUCCGAAUACCAAAGAGUGACCACAUGACCCCAGAGGCCAUAAGAAACGAGCGAGAUGCCUGGGUGAAGGCAAUUAACGAUCUGUGUAAUAACUGGAAACAAAAGUCACGACAUGAAAACUUCUAUGAAGACCCUGAAACACAAAGGGACCUCAGUGACAUUACAGAAACCAUUAAAGAGUCGGGAAGUGAGACUCACAAUAACCAUGGGACUAUCACACCUCCACCAGUACCACCUUCACUGAGGCCACGCUUGCCAAAAGCUCCCCAAGCUGGGUCUUCAGAUAUACCAACAGCACCAGAGCCAGAACAUGAUUCUUUUGAAGCAACAGAACCAGAAUUGAAGCCAGUCCCAACAGCACAAAGCAGAUCUGUACGCAAGCCAGUGGAGAUGCCCUUAGCAGUGGUCUCAUCAGUGGCAAUAAGCUCAUCAGCUUCUCCACCUUUGGUGUACUCGUUGCUAUCAACAGUGCCACCAACAUUGCCAAGUCCAACGUUGUUGUCCUCUUUGCCUUCACCAGUGCCUUUGCCACCUACAUUGGCAGGUUCUGUUGCAAACCAGUCUGUAUUACCUGCCCCUUUGCCACCUCCACUGCCCAAGAAAAGUUCAUCAAAGCUGUCUUCACAGAGGACUAAAGCUUUUCAUUGGGACCUGGUGACUCAGGAUAAGAUUGAGAAGUCAAUGUGGGCUCGCAAAAACCCCAGGAAGAUUGAAAUUGACACAUCACGCUUGUAUGAGCUUUUUGGAGUGAAAGAAUCAAGCAGCUGUGGCAGAUCAGACUCCAGCAGUAAUAUGGAAAUCAUGUUGAAUGCAAAGAUCGCUCACAACUUCAAUAUUUUCCUCAAAAGUUUCCCUGUGCAUCCAAAAGAGCUGAAGGGCAAAUUGUUGAUAAUAAAUGAAGAGGAAGGGGGUCUCUCCGAUGAGCACAUUGCCUCUCUCAGGAGGUACGUGCCCACGGCAGAUGACAUUGAGAUGUAUAAAUCGUAUAAAGGAGACGUGACUGAUCUGCAUGUGGUGGAUCAGUACAUGAUGGAGAUGUGCAACAUCCCGAACCUCAGCACUUGUCUGGACCUGAUGCUCACGUUACGAGAACUCCCCAUUUGUAUGGAAGACCUCACGCCGCUGAUUAGCCAGAAGAUCCACAUGUGCCAGCAGCUGUGGGCUUGUGAGUCAUUUGUCAGCGUGCUGGAGUACCUUCUCGCUGUGGGCAAUUACCUCAACCAGAAUGCAGGCAAGGAGAGGGCCAAGGGAUUUCGCCUCUCAUCCUUAACUAAGCUCUGUCAGCUGCGUGGGUACAAUCGGAAGUUCACCUUGCUGCAUGCCCUUGUGGAGCAGAUCAUGUUGCGAGAACCACAUUUGGUCACCUUUUUCCUUGAGCUUGCGGAAUUCGAGACUGUUCCAGGGGCCUCAGUUAAAGGCCUGACAGCAGAGGUGGACGUUGUGAAGAACGAGUUUCAGAAGGUCAUACAGUACAGGAAAGCACACAAACGGAAUAACGCCACCAAUCAGCACCCAAAAUUCUUCAAAGACUUAAAGAUGGCCAUCGAGAAGUAUGGGAGCGAUCUCAGACAGCUGAUGAAGAGGAGUGAGGAGAUGAGGAAGCUCUACACUGACAUACUGGUAAAAUUCGGAGAGCCUUUGGAUCAAGACUCUCAGGAACUUUUCGGAUGGGUUUGCCAAUUUAUCAACGACUUCAAGAAAAUUUACUCUGAAUUUUCACAAUGAGACCUGUUUCCCAGGAUAAUAGCCUCACGGAGUGUGUUUUUGUGUGUGUAAAUGCUGAGUUCAGCACCUGCUUUCUCAAGAAUUUCAUACAAUUUCAGUUCGAAUGCAAUUUAACUGUGUAUAGAUAUAGCACCUACUGUACAGACCAAGAUCAAUGUUGUCUGGAUCUUUCCCAGUGCUGGUGUUUGCUUUGAUUAAAAGUCUUGCCGGUUAUUUGACCCAGUGCCAUAACAAACAGCUUGGAUUCACUGUCGCAAUUCGCCCCCCUAGUGGCAGUCAUAAUGAUAUUUUAGUUUCUUCGUAAAGCCGCCUUUUUACCCAUACAGACACGAGAUGUUUCUAGUUGCAUCAUCAAGAGUGACAUCAAGAACAUUUAACUGUAACAUUUAACAUUCUUUACAGUCAGUUGUUGAUAAAAACAACAAAAAACUAAUCGUUUAAAUCUAAUCACACAUACCAUGAAUGGGGUAUAGAAGCCAUUCGACUCAUAAAUAUGUGCUUGUAACAAGGUUAACGAUGGGCAAGGAGGAGGCGGGAACCGGCUGAACAGUCAAAAUAGUAUUUCAUUUAAACAAAAAGACACACAAUACAAACACACACAUGGCAGCUGCAUGUGGCUCUCUCUCAUGAACUGCCGCGUUAUGCUGCAGUAUCCCUCUCCUCAGCUGAUUAGCCCAAUUGGGGGCCCUUCUGGCCCUGCCUGCUGGCAGGUUUUUCCCCACCUCUGUAGGGCUGGGGAGAGGACAAGGGGAGGGAAAAACAAAACAAAAAAAGAGGAGAGGGAAUGGGCAAGGUGGAGCAACAGAGAGAGAGAGAGAGAGGAGAGAGAGAAAAAAUGUUUCCGUCGCCUGGUCCUCGAUCACUCCUCCACCCUCUGGCAGACGACAGCCGCUCCUCCCUGGGCGGACCGGUGCCAGUCCUCCGACCCCUGGUGGAUGGAACGCCCCUCCGCAUUUUGGCGGCCGGUAGGGAACUCCUCCGCCCCUGGCAGCGGCUCCACUGCUCCAGGCAGCCGGCAGCGAGCCCCUCCUCCCCUCGCGGAUGGCGGCCGUUCCUGCGCAUCCAGGUGGCUGGCAGCAACUCCUCUGUCCCCCAGUGGAUGGCCGCGACUGCUCCUCAUGACAGUGGCGAGGACUCCACAACAGCGCAUGCCUCCUCCCUCCCGGGCUUCGGCACCAAUGUAACAAGGUUAAAAUGGAAAGGAUGAGGUGGAACAAAAGUAGUUAAUGCCCAUAGUUUUGGUUGGAAUUCAUCACAUCCGGUUGGACAGCUGCUACUCUCCAUUGGAAAUUAAUUGUUUGUUUUAAGCAGUGAAAAGGCAGACAGAGUCUUUAAAUGUGCAAAGGAUGGCAAGCUUCAAUCUUGUAGUGUGAAUUCAAACCUUGCUGGUGUGAAAGAAGAAGAUCUGGUUCUGACAGCCAGCUGAAAGCCCUCCAUGUCUCUCUCUAUGGCCUUGAGGACACGUGUGUGUUUUUUGGUUGAUACAGAAAUGACUCCACAGUGGCGGUGCAGCACAGGACAUCCAAAUUUCCCUUUUUUUUUUUUAAAUGGAUCCCCUCAGAAAAGUAAGAGGUCGAAUAAAAAAGGGAGAAACAAAUCUCUUUUGAAGUCUGGAUGUCUUUGCAGAACACUAGGAUUUACAAGCUCAAGACUUGUAAUCUGUUUGUAAUGAACAGCUACUGCACAAAAUCUGUCUGCCACUGAUGGAAUAGUUCACUCAAAAAUGGAAAUCACUCACUCUUAUGUUAUUCCAAACCCACAUGACUUUUCAGUGAAAUUUGUGAUGUAUGUUGCUCGUUCACAGUAGAUUCAUAGAUUCAGAAUUUAUAAUGUAUAAUUUUAUUUUGACAUAGUUGGCAUGUUAAUACUCAACACUCCUGGAAAUAUAAUAAACAAUUUGAUGAAAAAAAAUCUGACUUUCUAUAGCUUGGUAUUAUUUAAAAUUUCACAACUUAGUCCCACUGUCCACAUAUGUGGAUAUACAUUUUUAGAAGGACUAUUUUCUCUAGAAAUGUUUUGCAACACACUCUCAUGGCGAAAUCGCCAGGAUUCGUACGACUUUUCUAAAUUUGGCUAAUUUGUAUGAUAUCGUGUGACUGCACUCGUUUGGAUUCCUAUGACUUUCACUACAGCCAAUGAUGUCGCUGGACAUCGUUUCCAUCUAAUACGUGACAAUUACUUGCUUCUGUCACACACAACAGCUUCCUAUCAUGUUUACACACUCUACUGAUUGGUUAAGUUUAGAUAAGGGGUUUGGGUUAGGGCAUAAUAUUAAUAAGCAUGUCCUUAACGCCUCGUGCACAGAACUCAUGCUUACUUCUGCAUUAGAUAUCCAGGAAUUUGCACGUGAUGAAGUCGUAUGAGUUUAUGCGAACAACAUCGUGCAAGACCAUACGUAAUAGCCAACUCGUAAAUUAUGUACGAAUUGUUUGAAUUAUUAUUAUUAUUAUUUUUAAAUUUUUUUUGCUUGUUUAUUAGGUGCUACUAAUUAAAAAUCAAAAAGGGAAAUGGAAAAUGCACGCAGCAGUCACGCUUGGGUCUCAGGAGGUUAAAAAUGACUUACAAACCAAGUUGUUUCUUGUAUGCCUUCAUGGAAUACUAGGAAUUUGACACAAAAGUCUCAUGGAGUAGGCUACUUUUAUGCCACUUUUGGAUCCUUUUUUAAGCUUUAAAGCGAGUCACUAUCCACUGCCAUUGUAUUGACCAGACAGGAUCUUCUUUAAAACAUCUUGUGUUCUGCAUAAAAAAGAAAGUCAUGUGGGUUUGGAUCGACAUGAGGGUGAGUGAAUUAUGACGGAAUUUUAAUUUGGGUGAACUACUCCUUUAAAAUGACUGAAUUAAGUUAACUGCAUUUUUAAGGGUGAUAUUGGGCAGAAAUAGGUAGAAAUAGCUGCAUAAAGUAUCUUUUUACAGUGUAUGAUGUGCCCUUGUAUAUUUGCACUUGACUGCACAGGCAAAAAUAAUUGUAUUUUUUAUUAAAGAAAUGUAUUAAUUUCAAAAAGGCGAUAUUCAUACAAGCCUAAUUCAUUCUCUAAUGCCUUGAUUUGCAUGUAAAGUCUUUAUAAUUUCCACUUUUUUAAAUUAAACCAAAAAAUGCUUAAAAACACGAGUGCUCUAGUAUCACAAAUCUGUCCUAAAAGCGUGUCUUACUUUUCACUGCCUGUAUUAUUAAAGUUUUUUUUUUCUUUCUUGCUCUGAGCAAUCUGUACUCUGUUGUAUAAAACCAUGUUUGGAUUUAUAUUAGAAAAAAUAAUUUAUAUUCUUAUUCCAGCGAGGGGAUUAUGUCUCCUAGC